AGCAUGCCGUCAGUAUGAACGCGUCUCAGGAAAGCUGUGUGGCAUCUUCCCCCUCUGAGAGAUCCCUGCUGAGGUCAAGGGUCACCGCCCCCUACAUUGCUGCCGAGCUCUUCAUCGCCGUCCUCUCCACCACUGGGAACUUCCUGGUCUGCCUCGCCGUGAUCCGCAACAGGAAGCUACGCACCGUCACCAACUACUUCCUGGUGUCGCUGGCGGUGGCGGACCUGUUUGUGGGUGUCCUGGCCAUCCCCUGUGCUGUCCUGACAGGGCUGGGCCUCCCCCACCACAACCUGCCCGUGUGCCUGCUCCUCCUGAGCGUGCUCAUCGUCCUGACCCAGAGCUCCGUCCUCAGCCUGCUGGCCGUGGCGGCCGAGCGCUACGUGGCCAUCCUGCUGCCCCUGCAGUACCAGCGCCUCAUGAGCCCCCGCAACGCCCGCCUGGCGCUGGGGCUCACCUGGACGCUGGCAGUCGUGUCCGGGGCCGUGCCCCUCAUGGGCUGGCACAACUCGCCGCCGCCCUCAGGGUUCUGCAUCUUCACCUGUGUGGUCAACAUGAGCUACAUGGUCUACUUUAACUUCUUUGGCUGCGUGCUGGUGCCCCUAGUGGUGAUGUUUGGCAUCUACGGUCGCAUCUUCAUCACGGUGAGACGGCACCUGAGACGCAUCGCAGACCUCCGGGGCCUGGCUGGGCAGGGGGCAGGGUCAAGGUCUGGGGCUGGGUCAAACGAUGGGGCACUUGGGGCCGGGGCUGGGGCAAGAGGUGUUGAACCAGAAACGGAAGUAAGAGCCGGGUCUGUAGACGUAGCUGGGCCAGGAGGAGGUGGACUGGGGACAGGAGCUGAGUUGACCUUGGAGGGAGAAUGCACAGAUGUUACCCAGGUUUACAAUGAAGAUGGAGUGGUUGUAGGUGAGAAUGAGACCGACCACAGGCUUUCUGAGGGGGGCACUGUGGCUUGGGGUAGCGAAGUGAGGUCUGGUUCUGGGACCAGUUCUGGUUCUAAGUCCGGCUCUGGUGGUGUGAUUCAGCUUGGCGUUGCCCGCGACGUCAAGAGACCCCUGCGCAUGCGUAGCGAGAGGAGAAAGGCCACCUCUCUCUUCCUCAUCCUCUUCCUCUUCAUGCUGUGCUGGCUGCCGCUCCACUGCAUCAACUGUGUGCUGCUGCUGUGCCCGGACUGUCACGUGCCCCUGCCCGUCAGCCUGGCGGCCAUCUUGCUGAGUCACGCCAACUCCGCCCUCAACCCGCUGCUCUACGCCUACCGGAUGAGGUCUUUCAGACACACCCUCAAGAGGAUGUGUCUAUGUCAGUGGCACCAUGGCAACAGAAAAGGACAGAGCUCCCUUAGGGAGACAGAGUGACCCUGUGACCUCUGACCUCCGGCCUUGAC